CUUAUCACAGUUAAUUAUAGAAUGCUUACAUUUUAAUGUGGAAAAAUGGCAGUGUUGGAACUAUUAUUUUGCUUCUUUUUAAUGUCAAAAAUAUGUAGUUGCAAAACACCACUUUCCCUUGCCUCGUACUAUGGUGAUAACAUGGUGCUACAGAAGGCUCCUGCCUCCAGUCAGAUAUGGGGUUAUGCUGAUAUGGUCGGUUCUACCGUCACUGUUACACUGGGUGACCAGGUUCGUGUUCAAACUACGGUGUAUAUGGACAACACAAUUGGAAGAAAUGUGUGGAAAGUCCUUCUACCCCCGCAACAAGGUCAUGGCCCAGUAAACAUAACGGUAACAUCCGGAUUUGAAAGUUUGACAAUAACGAACGUUAUGUUCGGUGAUGUUUGGCUAUGUUCAGGACAAAGUAACAUGAAGUUUACUCUCAGUAUGGUAUUCAAUGCCAGUGAAGAAGUAGCAGACGCUGUUAACUAUCCAGAUAUACGGUUGUUUACAGCAGCCCAGAAAUGGUCGAACAAGACUGAGUACGAAUUGCUUGGUGUUGAACAAUAUUGGAGUAUGCCAAACAGCGAUUCAGUCGGCCACUCAGACUGGAGCUAUUUUUCCGCCGUGUGUUGGUUGUUUGGAAAAUAUCUGUACAAACAUUUACAAUACCCGAUCGGACUUAUUGCUACUGAUUGGGGAGGCACUCCUGUCGAGGCUUGGUCAUCCAAGGAUGCUAUGGAGGCAUGUGAACCUUCAGUGAUCGUAGAUACAUCUUCAGUGAACGAAGCUCCGCAGAACAUGCCGACACAUUUAUGGAAUUCUAUGAUCCACCCUUUCUUAAAUCUGACUAUAUAUGGUGCUGUUUGGUAUCAAGGUGAAGCAAAUAUGAACUCCCCGCCGGAUUUGUACAAAUGCAGAUUUCCUGUGAUGAUUGAUGACUGGAGAAAGAAGUUCCACGAAGGUUCAGCCGGACAAACCGAUGUCAUGUUUCCGUUCGGAUUUGUUCAGCUGGCUCCUUGGCGCAAUGACUCUACAAUUACAAAGGGAUUCCCUGACAUUCGCUGGGAGCAGACAUGUGACUUUGGCUAUGUACCUAAUGCACAAAUGCCCCAAGUGUUCAUGGCCACGGCCAUUGAUCUGCCGGACUUUUCGUCACCCUACACCAGUAUACAUCCUAGAGAUAAACAAGAUGUCGCCUACCGCCUUGUUUUGUCAGCUCUUCAAGUGGCUUACAAUAUCAAAACAAUGGGGAAAUUCUUAGGCCCAAUGAUAAAUAUUUAUACAAUGGGUCCCAAUGUCAAUACACUGCGAAUGAUAUUUGAUAACGGAACAUCACCAAUAAAAGUUAAAGCGAAAGACGGUUUUGAGAUUUGCUGCUCUGACAAUAACAGAUCUAAAUGUGAUGGCACCGACUCAAAAUGGUUAGCCUCUCCGAUUGUCGAUUAUGAUAACACGAGUGUAACGAUUACGUCAUGUUAUAGAAUGUGGACGAUGGGUGUACGUUAUGCUUGGAGGGAGUCGCCAUGUCCAAUAUUUAAAACAUGUGCUGUCUAUAGCAAGGAGAAUGAUCUACCGAUGCCGCCUUAUAUGAAAAUAUUUAUAAUCAACGGAACACAUAUAUACCGUUAGUGUGAAGGAUGUUGUUGCAGAGUUUCAAAAUAAACGUCUGUAUAUUGAAAACCUUGCCUUUGAAUUUUAGUUUUAUAAGUUCUUGCACAUUUCAUAUAACACUGCAGCCCUUUCCUGAAGCAUUUUUCAUUCAUAUUUGGAAUAAAACAUUCUUUAUGAGCUACCUAGUAAGAAAGGAUCAAGUUUUUUUUACAAACUGUAUAAUAAAAAAAUGAUUUGCUACUUUGGCUUGUGAACACGAUAUACACACAGUUUGCAGUUGAUUUCAAUCAAACUUGCACACAACUUGUACUGGCAUAAUAGCUCGGUUUCUUUCGAAAACUGUUAUGGCCCCUUAAAAGGCAAUUAUGGCAUUUGCAGCCAUAUAGAGACUUCAUUUAUGGUUUGAUUUGAUACAAACAUCAUUAACAACAAUAGAUAAAUUCAUGAAACUUGGUAAGAAUGUUUAUCUUGGUGCCUCCUAUGCCAAGUUCAAUACUGGAUCAUAUGGGUAAAAAAACUAGGCCACCUAGUCAAAUCAAAGGAAAAGCUUGUCAACACUCUUGAGGCCAAAUUUUUGACCCUAUCUUCAUGAAACUUAGUAAGAAUGUUUAUCUUGAUGAUUCCUAGGUCACUUGUGAAACUUGAACACGUGGGGUUAAAAACUAGGUCACCCGCUCAAAUCAAAGGAAAAGCAUGUUAACAUUCUAGAGGCCAUAUUUAUGACCCUAUCUUCAUGAAACUUAGUAGGAAUGUUUAUCUUGAUGAUUCCUAGGCCAAGUUUGAAACUGGGUCAUGUGGGGUCAAAACCUAGGUCACCACUCAAAUCAAAGGAACAGUUUGUUAACACUAGAGGCCAUAUUUAUGACCAUAUCUUCACGAAUCCUGGUAAGAAUGUUUAUCUUGAUUAUUCCUAGGCCAAGUUCAAAACUGGUUCAUGUGGGUCAAAAACUAGGUCACCACUCAAAUCAAAGGAAAAGCUUUUUAACACUCUAGAGGCCACAUUUAAGACCCUAUCUUCAUGAAACUUGGUAAGAAUGUUUAUGUUGAUGAUUCCUAGGCCAAGUCCGAAAGUGGGUCAUAUGGGUCAAAAACUAGGUCACCCGCUCAAAUCAAAGUAAAAGCUUGUUUACACUCUAGAGACCGUAAUUAUGACCCUAUCUUCAUGAAACUUUCUCCGAAUGUUUAUCGUGAUGAUUCUAAGGCCAAGUUUAACAGGUGAGCGAUAUAGGGUCAUCAUGACCCUCUUGUUACAUGAUACAUUUUCUUAUUUCCUUUCAUGAUAAUAUUUUAGAUAAUUGAGCACAUAUAUAACUUUAACGCUUUUGGUUUGCAUGCAUUUUACCCGUAUGGUAUGUUCUACUUUCUUCUUAUUUGUUUCUCACGAAAUAAAGACCUGAGUUUCCGAAAUAAAAUAUUUU